AUGGAGCAGCACCCCAAGGCUUCAAUUCCACAGCAAAAUCUGGAAAUGAAACCUACCGCCAAAUCGACAAUCAAGCCGAAGGCUCUCGCGACUCGUGCAGACUGGGUCAACAUCCUUUGGGCAGACAUAUCUGGCCAACUUCGGCGCUCCUCUGUCAUUUCUGCCGAUUUGUUUGACGGGCUUGUACUCAAGAAAGACACCGCUACUGGCUCGUUGAUCCUCAGAGAAUUGCGCCUACAAUACGAAGAGCUUGGCCAUGAUAGGAACCUGGCCACCGUCAGGGUGUUGGUGCCGCAGAAAUCGACAUAUGAGCUCUGGCAGCUGCUGUGGACUAUCAAGCGCCUUAGGGAUCCUAACGGCCGUCAGUUCCACUCUGAGAUGGCAAUAGACCCCAUCGACCGUCGAACGCACCUAGAACUCGACACCUACCCCGGCCAAAUACACUCAGUGACCGACUUCUCGCUUCCAUCCUUCAUACAAGAUUACGGACCUGGACCCUCAGAAUUUGAUCCUGAUCCGGAGCUCGAUUUCGAUGCAACGAUAGGGGGUAUAGUGACAGAUGCGGGCGCGGGAACAUGGGUGAAGGAAGUGCCAGAAGCAGAUGAGACAGAUGGAGGAGAAUUGGAUGCAAAGAUCGAUGAGAGCAAGGAGUGA